UUAGUAUCCAAAAUUACGGUGCUGAAACUAACGGUGCCGAGAUUUGCCGAUAGAGAGAAGGAGGAAGAAAUCAGGCCUGCUUUCACCGACCAGGGCUGAAAGAAAGAGCAGAGAGGAGUGUUUUAGUAGUUGUAUCACUAAUCGCUGCAGAGAGGAUUAAACUAGAAAGAAGUAUGUGGAAACUUCGGUUUGGGAACGAGGGUGCAAAUGAUGCUUACUUGUUCAGCACAAACAACUUCCAGGGGAGGCAGACAUGGGAGUUCGACGCAGAAGCCGGCACACCAGAAGAGCGGGCGGAAGUCGAAGAAGAUCGGUUGACAUUUUACAACAAUCGUCACCGGGUCCAGGCUUGUAGUGACCUCCUCUGCCGAAAUCAGCUUUUGGGAGAAAAAAAGUUCAAACAAACAAUUCCCCAAGUAAAGGUGGAGGAUGGUGAGGAUUGUACGUAUGAAAAGGCCACUAUUGCAUUCCGAAGGGCAGCUACCUUCUACUCUGCCUUGCAAUCACCUCACGGGCAUUGGCCUGCUGAAAAUGCUGGUCCCAUGUUUUACACUCCUCCCAUGGUCAUCUCGCUCUAUAUUACGGGGCAUCUUAGAAAGAUGUUCUCAGCAGAGCAUUAUAAGGAGAUACUUAGGUAUAUAUACUGUCAUCAGAAUGAGGAUGGUGGGUGGGGAUUACAUAUACAGGCUCCUAGUAUGAUGUUCUGUACAAUUCUUAACUACAUUUGUAUGCGGCUACUUGGAGAAGGACCGGAUGGUGGUUUAAACAACGCUUGUGCAAGAGCACGCAAGUGGAUUCUUGAUCAUGGUGGUGCAACACAUUCAUCAUCCUGGGGAAAGACUUAUAUGGCAAUACUCGGCGUGUAUGAGUGGGACGGAUGUUACCCUAUGCCCCCAGAAGUAUGGAUUUUCCCCUCUAUGGUCCCUCUGCAUCCAGCAAAUAUGAACUGCUACGGCCGAUUGGCUUAUUUGCCUAUGUCAUACCUGUUUGGAAAAAGAUUUGUUGGGCCUGUCACACCUCUGAUUCUACAACUGAGAGAAGAAAUGUACAAUGAGCCAUAUAAUGAAAUUAAAUGGGGCAACGUACGCCAUCUCUGUGCAAAGGAGGAUAACUACUAUCCAGGGGGGAAAUUGCAGUGUUUGAUGUGGGAUACCCUUAACACAGUUUAUGAGCCUAUUCUUUCUUGCUGGCCCUUAAAUAAGUUCAGAGAGAAGGGUCUUCAAAAAACUGUAGAACACAUUCAUUAUGAAGGUGAAACUAGUAGAUACAUAACAAUUGGAGUUGUAGCAAAGUCAUUAUUGAUGCUUGCUUGUUGGAUCGAAGAUCCAAAUGGAGAAUCCUUUAGGAAGCAUCUAGCAAGAAUUGCAGAUUACAUAUGGGUUGCAGAAGAUGGAAUAACUAUGCAGACCUUUGGUAGCCAGACGUGGGAUACUAGUCUUUCUGUUCAAGCUUUACUUGCUGGAAAUCUCACUGAUGAACUCGAAUCUGUACUUCAAAAAGCACACGAGUUCCUAAACAAAUCUCAGGUUAGGGAUAAUCCUUCAGGUGACUUCUUAGCCCAUUUCCGUCACAUUUCCAAAGGUGGUUGGACUUUAUCUGACCAAGAUCAUGGAUGGUCAGUUUCUGAUUGUACUGCAGAGAGUUUGAAGUGUUGCCUAUUGUUAUCAACGAUGCCAACACAAGUUGUUGGUGAAGCAAUUGAGUCUGAGCGCUUGUAUGAUGCUGUCAAUCUCAUACUUUCUCUACAGAAUCCAAAUGGUGGUGUAUCACCCUGGGAUCCAACAGGAGCUCCACAAUGGUUGGAGUGGUUCAAUCCAAUAGAAUUUCUCGGGAACACUGUUAUUGAAUACGAGUAUGUUGAGUGCACUUCAUCUUCAAUUGAAGCCUUAGCUUUAUUCAGGAAGUUAUACCCUGGACAUAGAAAGGAAACAAUCAAUGAUUUCAUCACAAGUGCAGUACAGUUUAUUGAAGACAUGCAGACACCUGAUGGCUCAUGGUAUGGGACAUGGGGAAUCUGCUUCAUCUAUGCAACAUGGUUUGCAAUUCGAGGGCUGAAGGCUGCUGGCAGGACUUACAAAAACUGUGAGGCAAUACGCAGAAGUGUUGAAUUUUUGCUCAAAACACAGACAGAUGAUGGUGGUUGGGGAGAGAGCUAUACGUCUUGUUCAAACAAGGUCUAUACACCUCUUGAAGGCGACCGAUCAAAUUUGGUGCAGACUGGAAUGGGAUUAAUGGGAUUAAUUUCUGGUGGACAGGCGGAGAGAGACCUUACUCCCAUUCACAGAGCUGCGACUCUUUUGAUUAAUUCUCAAUUGGAAAAUGGAGAUUUCCCUCAACAGGAACUGAUGGGGGUUUUUUAUGUUACUUCCAUGUUACACUAUGCAGUAUACAGGAAUAUAUUCCCAAUUUGGGCUCUUGCAGAAUAUCGCUCCCUCCACUCCGUCGCCACACAUGUGUAAAUGUGCAUGUUCAAAAAACACUAAUGAAUUAGGAUGUAUUGAAUCAAGGGGUAAACUAUGAAAUUUUAUCAGAUAAAAAUUCGUUGCAUGGUACUUAAGGAAUAAGAGAAUACCAAAUGUACGUGCUUAAAUACCACUGUUUUAUCACUAUUUCACCAAUGGAACAAGAGAAUACUCAAUAAGCAAAUUAUUCUAUC